GGUUUCUUCUCUGCCAGCCCUUCUCGGUCCACCAUUGCCAGCUGAAGACAGACUUUGACUCUGUAGACUCCUCUGUCAGUCCUGAUUCCCAUCAUGAGCUCACCAGUGCAGCCCGAUGGGGUGGCUGCGCGGGAGCAACUCUUGGCUCAGCAAAGAAUGCACAGUAGGAUCAACUCAGUGGAUGUGAAGUCAGAAGUCCCUGUGGGCCUGGAGCCCAUCUCACCUUUAGACCUAAGGACAGACCUCAGGAUGAUGAUGCCUGUGGUGGACCCUGUCGUCCGGGAGAAACAACUGCAGCAGGAAUUACUUCUUAUUCAGCAACAGCAGCAAAUCCAGAAGCAGCUUCUGAUCGCAGAGUUCCAGAAACAGCAUGAGAACUUGACACGACAGCAUCAGGCUCAGCUUCAGGAGCACAUAAAGUUGCAACAGGAACUUCUAGCCAUAAAACAGCAGCAAGAACUCCUAGAAAAGGAACAGAAACUGGAGCAGCAGAGGCAAGAACAGGAAGUAGAGAGGCAUCGCAGAGAACAGCAGCUUCCUCCCCUCAGAGGCAAAGAUAGAGGACGAGAAAGAGCUGUGGCAAGCACAGAAGUAAAGCAGAAGCUUCAAGAAUUCCUAUUGAGUAAAUCAGCAACGAAAGACACUCCAACUAAUGGAAAAAAUCAUUCCGUGAGCCGCCACCCCAAGCUCUGGUACACGGCUGCCCACCACACAUCUUUGGAUCAAAGCUCUCCACCCCUCAGUGGCACCUCUCCAUCCUACAAAUACACCUUACCAGGAGCACACGAUGCCAAGGAUGAUUUCCCACUCCGAAAAACUGCCUCUGAGCCCAACUUGAAGGUGCGGUCCAGGUUAAAACAGAAAGUGGCAGAGAGGAGAAGCAGCCCUUUACUCAGGCGGAAGGAUGGAAAUGUCACUUCAUUCAAGAAGCGAAUGUUUGAGGUGACAGAAUCCUCAGUCAGUAGCAGUUCUCCCGGGUCAGGUCCCAGUUCACCAAACAAUGGGCCAACUGGAAAUGUUACUGAGAAUGAAACUCCAGUUUUGCCCCCCACUCCUCAUGCGGAGCAACUUGUUUCACAGCAACGCAUCUUACUCCAUGAAGAUUCCAUGAACCUGCUAAGUCUUUAUACCUCUCCUUCUUUACCCAAUAUCACCUUGGGACUUCCUGCAGUGCCAUCACCACUCAGUGCUUCAAAUUCACUUAAAGAAAAGCAGAAGUGUGAAACCCAGACGCUCAGGCAAGGUGUUCCUCUUCCUGGCCAGUAUGGGGGCAGCAUCCCAGCCUCUUCAAGUCAUGCUCAUGUCGCCCUGGAGGGGAAGCCCAACAGCAGCCACCAAGCUCUCCUGCAGCAUUUAUUACUGAAAGAACAAAUGCGACAACAAAAGCUUCUUGUGGCUGGUGGAGUACCCUUACAUCCUCAGUCUCCAUUGGCGACAAAAGAGAGAAUUUCACCUGGUAUUCGAGGUACCCACAAAUUGCCCCGUCACAGACCUCUGAAUAGAACCCAGUCUGCACCUUUGCCUCAGAGUACAUUGGCUCAGCUGGUCAUUCAGCAGCAACACCAGCAAUUCUUGGAGAAGCAGAAACAAUACCAGCAACAGAUCCACAUGAACAAACUGCUUUCGAAAUCUAUUGAACAACUGAAGCAACCAGGCAGUCACCUUGAGGAAGCAGAGGAGGAGCUGCAGGUCGACCAGGCGAUGCAGGAAGACAGAGCGCCCUCUAGUGACCCCAGUACUAGGAGCGAAAGCAGUACUUGUGUGGAGGAUACACUGGGACAAGUUGGGGCUGUCAAAGUCAAAGAGGAACCAGUGGACAGUGAUGAAGACACUCAGAUCCAGGAAAUGGAAUCUGGGGAGCAGGCUGCUUUUAUGCAACAGCCCUUUCCGGAGGCCCCGCACACACGUGCGCUCUCAGUGCGCUCAGCUCCACUGGCUGUGGUUGGCAUGGAUGGAUUAGAGAAGCAUCGGCUCCUCUCCAGGACUCAAUCUUCCCCUGCUGCCUCCAUAUUACCUCCCCCAGCAGUGGACCACCCCCUCCAGCCUGGCUGCGCAACUGGAAUUGUCUACGAUCCUCUGAUGCUGAAACACCAGUGCAUUUGUGGCAAUUCCACCACCCACCCCGAGCACGCUGGAAGAAUACAGAGCAUCUGGUCACGGCUACAAGAAACUGGGCUGCUAAAUAAAUGUGAGCGAAUUCAAGGUCGAAAAGCCAGCCUGGAGGAAAUACAGCUUAUUCAUUCUGAACAUCACUCACUGUUAUACGGCACCAGCCCCCUGGAUGGACAGAAGCUGGACCCCAGGAUACUUCUAGGUGAUGAUUCUCAAAAGUAUUUUUCCUCAUUACCUUGUGGUGGACUUGGGGUGGACAGUGACACCAUUUGGAAUGAGCUGCACUCGUCCGGUGCUGCACGCAUGGCUGUUGGCUGUGUCAUCGAGCUGGCUUCCAAAGUGGCCUCAGGAGAGCUGAAGAAUGGGUUUGCCAUUGUGAGGCCCCCGGGCCAUCAUGCUGAAGAAUCUGCAGCCAUGGGGUUCUGCUUUUUUAAUUCAGUUGCAAUUACUGCCAAGUACUUGAGAGACCAACUAAAUGUAAGCAAGAUAUUGAUUGUAGAUCUGGAUGUGCACCAUGGAAACGGUACACAGCAGGCCUUUUAUGCUGACCCCAGCAUCCUGUACAUUUCACUCCACCGCUAUGAUGAAGGGAACUUUUUCCCCGGCAGUGGAGCCCCAAAUGAGGUUGGAACAGGCCUCGGAGAAGGGUACAAUAUAAAUAUUGCCUGGACAGGUGGCCUUGAUCCGCCUAUGGGAGAUGUGGAGUACCUUGAAGCAUUCAGGACUGUCGUAAUGCCUGUGGCCAACGAGUUUGAUCCAGAUGUGGUCCUGGUUUCCGCUGGAUUUGAUGCAUUGGAAGGCCACACCUCUCCAUUGGGGGGGUACAAAGUGACCGCAAAAUGCUUUGGUCACUUGACGAAGCAACUGAUGACAUUAGCCAAUGGGCGUGUGGCAUUGGCUCUAGAAGGCGGACACGACCUCACAGCCAUCUGUGAUGCAUCAGAAGCCUGCGUAAAUGCCCUUCUAGGAAAUGAGCUAGAGCCGCUUGCUGAAGAUACUCUCCACCAAUCCCCAAACACGAAUGCUGUUGCUUCUUUACAGAAGAUCAUUGAAAUUCAAAGAAAGUACUGGAAAUCAGUAAGGAUGGUAGCUGUGCCAAGAGGCUGUGCUCUGCCUGGUACUCAGUUGCAAGAGGAGACAGAGACUGUUUCUGCUCUGGCCUCCCUCACAGUGGAUGUGGAACAACCCUUUGCUCAGGAAGACAGCAGAGCUGCUUGUGAGCCCAUGGAAGAGGAGUCAGCCUCAUGAAGUGCCAAGUCUCCCCCGAUAUUUCCUGUGUGUGACAUCAUUGUGUAACCCCACCCCCACCCAGCACCCUCAGACACGUCUUGUCUGCUGCUUGGGUGGCACAGUUCGAUGGAUCAUAAACACUGGGCACAAAAUUCUGAACAGCAGCUUCACUUGUUCUUUGGAUGGACUUGAAAGGGCAUUAAAGAUUCCUGAAACUUAACCACUGUGAUUCUAAAGUUACAGUAAACCACGAUUGGAAGAAACUGCUUCCAGCAUGCUUUUCUUAUGCUGGGUGACCCACUCCCAGACAUGAGGUAUGGAACUAGAAACAUCCAACAUGGCAUUAGGUAUUGUUAAAUUUUCAGAAGCUAGGACAGCCAGGGAAACUUGCGGCAAAAGCCGAAACAUAUUCAUUCCUGACAUUCUGAUCUGUGUUUUAUUGGACAAUUUUUUUUCAAGCAGUCCUAAAUUGUUUACAGGAUAUGCUCUCAGCUAUGAAUGAGUAACAAUUCCAGACAGAUGGCAGUGGGUUUGGGUUUCCUUUCUUUUGUUUUGUUAUUUUGCAUUUGUUUUUACCACACAGUUCAACCAGUAAGAAUUCCAAGAUGGAGGGCCAGGGGUAGGGCUUUAUACAGUAAAAUAAAGCACACUGGAUCUCAAAGCCAGAUGCCAAAGGAAACUCACAUAAUUGUAUGUCAUGGUGCAAUAUUUUAUGUCACUUUUUUGAGAAAUAUCCUGCAUCUUUAACAUCUAUCUCCUCACAUGCAGUUGUGUAGGACAAUGUGGGUCCCUAUGCUCUAUCCCCUGGCAACAGAACUUCUAAGUAUAUGUUUUAUGGGGAUUUUUCUAUGUCUUCAAGAAGCACAUAAUUUUUCAAAGAUGAUCUUAUUUUUUUUUCCAAAUCAAUCAGAAACACAUUCUCUCGCUUUUUCUUUUAUGCCCACACCCCCCACUGCUGCUUCUUUAGAACAAAAUCUUUCAUCCUUUCUUCUUUUAGAAAAAUUGAAGAUCACUCAUAGUCUCUCGCCUAUUAUUCAGGGGCUUUGAGUAUUUAUUUUGUUUACUUCCCUGGUUAACACUGUUGCUUUAUCUGCAAGUGUUCUUUUAGCUAUGAAACCACUGAGGUUCACAUAG